UAUUUCCCAUUCGUUCCUUUAGAAUUUGCUAAAGUUUAACAUUAACAGUUUUGAUUUUGGCAAAUAUUCUUAACAUUAACAUUAACACUAGGUGUCGCAUUUUAGUUGGAGUUCUGCCUUCCUCUGGUACGGUUCGGUUUUCGCGAAUUGCGUUGCGUUGAUGUGUGUGUGACACUUUUUUAUACGCAGAAUAUAUUACAAGCAGUAACAAGGAGCAAAAUUGUGGUGUACAAGAAAAAACGGUGCGCAAAAUUGCCUAUCAAUUUUCUGCACAAGCUGGCCUAGCAUACAGUACAAACGACCGCAAGUGGUUGCCCAGGAAACUAGAAAAACACAAGGUCGUCGCUUGCAUCGCAUAAGGAAAAUAACAACAAGAGGCAUUACUGGAGACAAGCCUAACACGCACCGGCCGCAGGAUGAGCAGCAGCAACAACAAAAACAGCAACAAUGAUGGCGGUGGCGGUGGCGUCGGUGGGAAUAUUGGGAACACCAUCGGAGGACCAUCACCAACAACUCCAACAGCUGGCGGCACUGUCGGCGUUGGCGUUGUCUCCGGUUCCAGUCGACGUCUAGUGCAUUUGACAGGCGGCAGCAGCAGCGUCGGCGGCAUCGGCAGCGGUGGCAACAGCAGCAGCGGCGGCGGCGGCAAUCGUGGAGCAGCCAUGGGCAAUGUUGUUGGCUGGCUGAAGCAGGCUUCCAUUGAGGUGCGAGACGCUGGCACCCGGACACUGUCGAUGCUACAGAGCACCAAUCCAAAUUUUCGUUCCCUCGAUCUCUCCCUCGCUCCCACAGUCUCCGUGUCCGCAUCGUCCGGCAGUGUGCCGACCACAACAAGUGCCGAGGGUUCGUUGAGCGGCUCGACAAUCUCGGCUGGCUGCAUUGGCAUUGCCCAGGACGAGGAGACCUGCGACACCAAAUUGCUGACACGUACGCGUGCCUACGCAUCCGUUAGUCAACCGCAGAGUCCGCGUCAUCGAGUGCGUGGCACACCGAACGGCCUGACUGGACGUUCCACAUCGAUAUCAUCACAGCUCGAGAAGACAAAGAAGCUGCUGAAGAUGACGGAGGGCGAGGAUAAACCAUUGACCAUCCUACACUACAACGAUGUCUACAACAUUGAGUCCAUGGCCGAAACAGAGCCAAUCGGUGGCGCCGCUCGCUUUGCCACAGCCAUCAAGAGCUAUGCACACUUGAAUCCUCUCGUGCUAUUCAGUGGCGAUGCUUUCUCGCCCAGCAUGCUGAGCACCUUCACACAGGGCGAGCAGAUGAUUCCUGUGCUCAAUCAAGUGGGCACACACUGCGCCGUCUUUGGCAAUCACGAUUUCGAUCACGGUUUGGAUGUGCUGGUCAAGCUGAUUAAGAAAACUGAAUUCCCCUGGCUGAUGUCGAAUGUGGUUGACAACGAAACUGGGCGCCCACUGGGCGGUGGUAAAAUCUCCCACUUCAUAUUACACAAUCAAAUCUCGAUUGGUCUCAUUGGCCUCGUGGAGAGGGAAUGGCUCGAAACAUUGCCCACCAUUGAUCCCACCGAAGUCACCUACAUUGAUUAUGUGGAGGCUGGCAAUCGCCUCGCCCGUGAGCUGCGCAACGAGGGCUGUGAUCUGAUCAUUGCUCUGACUCACAUGCGAACACCCAACGAUAUUAAUUUGGCCGAGAAAUGCAACGGCAUUGACAUCAUACUCGGUGGACACGAUCAUGUGCGUGAGGUGACGGAAAUCAAUGGCAAAAUGAUUGUAAAGUCUGGCACAGACUUCCAGCAAUUCUCCGUCAUCACAAUCGAACGUCAGGCGAACAAUCGCACACAGUUCACCACGGAUGUGCAGUGUGUGGAUGUUACAGCCAAAAUACCCGAAGAUCCGGUGCUCAAAGAGGAGCUGUCCAAAUAUGCCAAGUUCAUUGAGAGCAAGCUUAAGGAUGUGAUGGGCGUAUUCAGCGUGGAGCUCGAUGGACGCUUCUCGCGUGUGCGCACCCAGGAGACAAAUCUGGGCAAUUGGGUCUGCGAUGUGGUGUUGGCAGCUGUUGGCGCCGAUGUGGUCAUCAUUAAUGGCGGCACCUUCCGCUCGGAUCGCAUACAUCCAGUGGGCGCCUUCACUAUGGGUGAUCUGGUUAAUGUUAUACCUAUGCGAGAUCCAUUGAUACUGCUUGAGGUGAAGGGCAGCGUGCUGUGGCAGGCGCUGGAGAAUGGCGUCUCUGCAUAUCCGAAGCUAGAGGGUCGCUUCCCUCAGGUGGCUGGCAUUAGCUUUGCCUUUGAUCCACAGGCUGCGCCUGGCAAACGCAUUGAUCCGCAGCUCAUUCAAGUGGGCGAUGAGUAUUUGAAUCUCGAGCAGACUUACAAGCUGUGCGUCAAGAGCUACAUCUUCAUGGGCUGCGAUGGAUACACCAUGUUCAAAGAUGCCAAAGUGCUGAUGGAUGACGAUGCCUGUCCCGAGUUGGGCAUCACGCUGCAGAAUCACUUUAAGGCAAUCAAUUCGCGCAAAUGCGGCCAGAACACUAAGCAUCGACAGUCGCUGGUGACUCUCUCGCGCAGACACAGCCUCGUGCAGUGCUUGGACAGCAUGGAUCUCGAUGGUCCAUCUCCCAUUCGUAAGCUUUCGGUGGGACAUCAUAACAAGUCCAUGGACUUGUCGCAUGGCAACUCGCAGAAGAUGCUGCGUCGUGCUUCGCUGGAUGACUUGGAACAAUCGACUUGCGACUUGGCGCCGCAGGUGGAGCAUCGUAUUAUUAUGAUACAGAACGAAGAGCAUCAUCGACAGCUGGUGUACAAGAAGGAGACGCACAUCAUGAACUCAACGAUCACCGAGGCAGAGGACGAUUACAAAAUUAGACAACUUGAUACGAAUUGUAGGGCAAUUACCGAUAUGGAAAAGCAUAUAUGAGUUAAGUUUAAAGUAAAGAUUAAAUGUAGUACAAGUUUAGUUAUGCGAUCGGAUUGAAAAUCGAUCAACUUGUUUAUAUAUUUAGAUAUGUUAUUUAUUACUUAGUUUCACUAAGUUUGUUUGUAAACACUUCAAGACUUCUUUAAUGGAAACAAACUCUACGCGAACUUGAUAUACAUACAUUGAUAUUAAUAUUUUAUAUGUGUACCUAAAAAGUUUAACAUAAGUUAAGACAAGUUGAUAAAUUUAAGUUUACGAAAUGAUCAAAUGUUUUUAUUUUUAACUUUUUGUUUACCCUUGCAAGGUCAAGAACUAGAGAGUAUGCGUAGUAUUUUACGAAACAGGGUAAAUUAAGAUCGAAUUGCCAAAUUUAUUUGUAGUUUCGACAUUACAGAUUCAGUUGUUCCUUGUCUGAUUGAGCUGGAUCAAUGUGAAAUACAUUUGUUGCCUUCAGAGCAGUCGAUCAAAGAAUAGAUAUGUAUAAAUAAGUUUUAUUAAGCAUAGAUAUAUUGAUAGAAAUCUGACAAUUGGAGAUGCAAAACGAGUUAAAUUUUAUUUUAAGUUAAGAAAAACGAUCAUUUAGCUUUAAUGUACAACUCCUAGAAGAACCAUCUGCAAGGGUAUUUCGAUUUCGGCUUGCCGAUUGAAACUAUGUUUUCAUUUGACAUUCGACAUUCCGUACAUUUCCCCCAUGCAAAAUCCGUCGAUCAACGUAAAGGUUGUAGCAGUAUUUUACACACACAUUUUAUAAACACAUCAUACAUAUAUAUUAUUGAUUUUAGAUGUGCCCCUCGUCCCCUCGGUAAACCUGUGUAGCUAGUGUAGUGUCUUUUGGGAUAGGUUCAGGUUCAGAUUGAUGAUAGAGCUAUUACCUAUUAGUGAGCUGAGCUGUUGAAAACUCAAGAAACAAGAAAGUAAGCAAUAUUUUCGAUAUUGUAGGGUAUUGUGUGUGAGCGUAUAUAUUUUUAUGGGAACUUUUGGGGCGCGACGCUUAAAGAAUGUUGAACGUGAGUUUGUUUGAGAAUAAUGAAUGCAAUCAGAUGAACUUUUUGUAUAGAACAAGAAUGAAAAAGUGAAAUAAUUAAUGCUUUGCCAGAUUCCUGUGCUCAAAACAAAGCAACAAAGUAUGAGUAGCAUUCCUUAUAACAACAACUAAAAAUAAAAUGCAGUGCGCAAUAUUUUAAACGAUUAAAUAAUGCAAUUGAAUUGCCAACAAACAAAAAGAAAAAUACAAAAAAAAAAAUUAAAAUGAAUUUAAAGAAAA